GGCCAUUCGGAGCACAGGGUUCCCCGCUGGCCAAUCAGAGCACCGGGUUCCCCAUUGGCCAAUCAGAGCACCGGGUUCCCCAUUGGCCAAUCAGAGCACCGGGUUCCCCGCUGGCCAAUCAGAGCACCGGGCUCCCCAUUGGCCAAUCAGAGCACCGGGUUCCUCACUGGCCAAUCAGAGCACGGGUUUCCCCGCUGGCCAUUCGGAGCACCUGGUUCCCCGCUGGCCAAUCAGAGCACCGGGUUCCCCACUGGCCGAACCAAGCCAAUCGUAACCAAUCAGAGCCAACUCCAAUUGACUAGGAACACCCAGUCUCUUUUUCCUGCUGCCCUUGAACCUGGGAAGGUGUGAGGCUGCAGCCGAGCAGCCACCUUGCCCUCCCCCCUGAACAGGAUGUCGGAGGGAAGGUAGCCCAGAGGACGUGAACGGAAGGAUCCAAAAAGAGAAACGGGGUCCUGAGCCAGGUCUUGGAAGCCAGGUGCUAAAACUCCUGGAUCCAGCCGUACCUGAAAUCACUUCUCAUUGGGCUUUCUAAUUAUGGGAACCACUUAUCCCCCCUUUUGCUUGAGUGAGAAUCACUGCGGACGGGACCAGUAGCUGCUCGGGGAGUCUGCCCGCGUCCCGUCUGCUGGUCAGGGUACCAGCGCUUGUCUGAAGCUCAGGGUGACCCCCUGCCCAGGGGGACUCUUGCCUGAAAGCCAGAGGCACGCAGGCUCCCAUAUGUGCCUUUCCUGCCCCUGGCUGCUGAGGUGCAUGGUAGGGACGCCCCAGUCAGACGCUCCCUCAGCCUUGGACUCACAAGUGAUGGAGAAGUGGGUGAUGGGAUCGUCCUCAGUGGGGUCGGAGCAGGGGGACGGGCUCCGGCAGGUUAAGGGAGCCGCAUGGAGCCAGGAUUCCGAUUCGGCUGUGCCUCCAAAGUGCAGCCUCUACCUUCUGUGGGUGCACCCCAGCUCCCGGCUGCUCCCGGCUAGGCCAGCACCCCGGGGACCCCGUGGGGCUGAGGAGAUGGGCGUCAGGCCAGAAAGCCCUCCUGCCCCCCCACCCCCGGCGCCGGGCGGCCAUCGUGGCCCUUGGGGGCAUGGGGCCUCCUCUGCCCCCACGCCAGGCUGCCCACGGCUACCCCAGGCAGGGCUCUGCGCAGGGUCCCCCGUGUGACCUCCCCAAGCAGGAUCCGGUUACAUCGCAGCCAGCGGCUAAGGAACAAGCCCAGCUUGUGUCUUCCUCCAAGUGCUUAUUUCCUUUGUCUUGUGAACAUAGAAAAAUGAAAGGAAUGAUAAGGAUUUGGGGGUGGGGGGGGCAGCCUGGAAAAUUCUGCAGUGUUGGCGGAACUCGCCAGGAGGGCGGCGUGAGGGAGUUUUCAAACCAAGUCCAAAGACAGGAGAAAGUCAAGUGUCCCGGGGAGGCUGGGGGAGGCCGUGGGGGGCCGGGGAGGCCGGGGGAGGCCGGGCUGCGGCGGGGUGGGGGGGGCUGAAGCCUCCUGGGUCCCUGGCUCCCAUGGGGUGUAGGGGGUCCAGCCUGGGGCGCCAGCUUCCCGUCCGCCUCUGGAGCUGGCCUGUCCUGGACCAGGCCACUGGGCCUCCCGGCCUCCCCUCCCUGCCGGCUGGUACCCCGGUACCAGCUCUGCUGCUCGGGCUCGUGAUGGGGAAAAAACGGGGCGGGGGGGUGAUGUGUAUUCUCAGUCGGGGGCCAGUGAGCUCCUUGGGGGACACCGGGGGAUUGCUGGGCUGUCACAGCCAGGGACGCUGCCAGACGUCCCCCGCUGUGCCCAGGACGUCCCCCGACAGCCGGCUCCACCCAAGCCCCAGUAGCGCAUCAGCGGGAAACCGGCCCAGCGCGUGUCACGGUCAGUGUCGGCUUUGCGGCUCGGGCCCCGCUGGAGCACAGGGGAGGUGGGGGGGAGGACGGGGGUGCCCUGGACAGGGCUCCGUCCCUCUUCAUUCGGGCAGCGGGUGCCACCGCCGGCUGCUGGUGGAGCGUCUGCCGUCCAGCGAUGUCCCGGGUCGGGUGUCACUCACGGAAGCGUCAACGAUGGCAAGAGCCGCCUGGGGUCCGCGGGGACAGGCAGGGCAGGCUGGGGCGGGGCAGCGCAGGCACCGAGGUCAGGUGCGCCCCAGGCCCCAAGUGGGCAGGGCUGGUGCCGGGAGCGCUGCGGCCUGGUGGUGCAGGCCCCCCCCCCGGGGACCUUGGCGACCCCGCGUCUAGGCCUCAGGGCCCUGCAGAAACAUUCCCUCCCGGCCGCUGCCAUCCAGGGCAGUCGGUGACCCCUGGGUCACACAGCUGCGCGCUGGCGGCCAGGCUGUCCUCCCGGGCUUCCCCGGCCAGCCCAUGUGUGGGGGGGUGGCCCUGCCUCCAGGGCCUGCUGUCCCCCAGGGGGUCCGUGUGCCCAGAGCAGCUCCCCAGGGCCUGGUGGGGGGAGAAGCGGGGCUCUCGGGGGUCGCUGGGCUCCUGGAGCCCGCAGCCCGCAGCUUGUGAGGAGAAGCGUGUUAACAAAUGUUGGUAAGUUGGACCCCAGGACGGGAGCCCGACGGGAGGGCGCAGUGGCUGGGUGCCCGCGCGGCCCCGAGGCUUCCGUCUGUCCUGGGGCCACCGUCGUCACCCCCCGCUCUGCCUGAAGCCAGGGGCGUCCGUACAUCGACGUUCUCCUCACAAACAUGGACCUCUGGGCUCCUGUGAAUGGUCCCCCCCUUUACAAGUUCCUUCCUGAAAAUCAGGGGAGCCCCCUCCGCCGGACGAGUCGACCCUGCAGGGGCCCGUCCCCCCGACCCCGACCGCCGUUGUUUCCUGCCCUCUGCGCCGCCCCCCACUCGGCAGGCUUCACGUGCUUGGGAUCCAGCUCCUUUUUUGUUCCCCGUCGGACUGGGACACCCCGGGGGGGCUGGGCUGUCGGCCCCCCAAGGGCUCUCACCGGGGAACGGGGUGCGGCCGGGCCGAGCCCUGUGCUCAGCCCAGGAGCUGUUACCCUGGUCCCUCGAGGCCGUCGGUUUGGCCCGAGGAGAGACUCCGCUUCUCAGAGCGAUUGGGCCCCCGGGGAGCCGGGGUGGCCCCAGGAGUCAACCCUGGGCCACUCGCCAGGCCAGAGAGCCCCGUCCCCGGAGCCCAGCCACGUGGGCCCGGGUCUGGCCUCCCGGCCUCGGCCCCCACCUCCACUCCGGUUCUCCUUGGAGGCGGGCAGGAGCCCGCGGCGCGGCCUCCGGGUCAUUCCCGGGGCCCAGGCCUCCUGCGCGGUCCCGUCCUGGUCCUGCCCCGCGGUGGUCACACUGUGUCACUCCCGGCGGGGUCAGGCGUCAGGCGCGGGAUCAGCUCCCGUCCCUCGUUCCCAGGACUUUGCAAGCACCCAGACCAUCCCGGGACGGCCGGGACCCGGAAGGGCCUCCUGGGAAUCUGCCCCAGGCCUUUUCCCUGGUUCCUCUGGGAGGAGAUCCCGAGAGACCGAGUGGCCCAGUGGAGGGCGGGGAUCGGGGGAGGACCAGGCCCUGCCCCUGGGGCUCGGGGACCAGGGCACAUCCCACUGCGGCCAAGGGCCUCGGUUCUCAGCGGGCCUGGGGACGGCUGGCUGGCCCUGUCCCUCCCAGCUCCAGGCGGACCCCGGAUCCUCGCCGUGCUCCCGCCCUGCAGGCCGAUGCUGGAUUCCGUGGAAGCCUGAGGAACCCGAGCCCCCGAGGCGGCCGGCGACCAGCUGGGACCGCAGUAGUCGGCCUGCACUCGGGGACGGCCAGUGUCGCCACCACUUGUGCCACCCCCGCCCCCGCCCAGGUGCGCCCGGCCUGCACCCCACUCCUGUGCGAGCCAGUGACAGGCACCUGGAAGCCGAGGGGCAGGCCAGCCCACGGACAGCACGGUGACACGCGUGGGCACAGGCCAGACCUCGCUGGGCUGGCCACAGUGCCUGGAGGAUGCCCUUAGCAGUGGACCACCCCCCACCCCACCCCCGCUACCCUUUGGUGACACACGUUCUCCAGCACCAAAAUGAAGGUGCCAAGGCACUUGCAGUGAGGGGCCUGCAGGGCAGCCCACGAAACGGGGGGACGGUCUCCUUGCUCAGAGCCCGUUUUCUCACCUUCCUAACAUCCCCUCCCUAGAGGACAGGGCUGCUCUGGGGCUCCGCUCAGGACCUGGUGUGUGUCACCGAGAGGCCACCACAGCCCGGGCGCCAUCCGUCCGCUUCCCUCCGUCCUCUGCCCACACCUUGACUUUUCCUUACGUUGGUGCGGACCGUGCCCCCGCGUGGCCCCGAUUCCUGUCCACCCCUCGGCGGCAGCCGCAGCAGGCCUGACCGCGUGACCGGCUCCGACCAGUGGGAUGCGAGCCGAAGUGACACGCAUGGUUUCUGGGUGGAAGCUUCCAGAGCCCGGGCUGCGGGACCGGGUGCAUCUCCGUGGCCACAGGGAGCGCGUCCCCCGCCUCGGCCGGGCUCCCAGAGCGAAGGGCACAGGGCGGAGCUGCCGCCAGCCUUGAAGGACAGGUGGCAAUGCUAAGGCCCCUCUGUUGGACGUCACUGAGCCCCGGCGUCACGUCCUGGCCGACACGCCCGGUGGCUGCUGGGAGCGGUCCCCCUUCCCCGGCCCGGCCCCGCAGCGAGUGGCAAGGGCGGUGUGGACGGGGGCCCGGCAGCCCAGGGGCCCGCGGCAGCCUCGUGGUGGCGUCUUCCGAGUUCGGGCUCCUCGGCGACACCGGCCGGCCGCUCGUUUGCGCAAGCCGAGGACGGGUGGAUUUUGGAAGGAAAAGAGCGUCUGGGCGGGUGCAGAGCCUCCUGGAGCAGUCCGUGCGCGCUGCUAAGGCCGGUUAGACUGAGAAGCGACUCGACAAUAAACUCUACAGAAUUAGAAACAAGUGAAAGUGUCAAGGUGGCUGCUGGCUGGUGUCCCGCCUCCCGUGGGGGCCGGAGUCACGCCGUCAGUCCGUGCGGAGGUCCUGGGGCCGGCCCGGGGGCACCCGGAUUCUUCCUGGCGCCAGCAGCAGUCCCGUUCACCCAGCAGGGCUGUGCAAGGGGCAGGCGGUGGGUGCGUGCCAGGACCUCGGCCCCUCGGCUCCCGGGCUCCCGAGCGCGUGUCCGCGUCCCGCCUUUAUGUCCGCCCUUUGAAAGUGUUCAUGCAGGUGUAGGUUCCUGAGAAUCUGUGGAUCUCCUCCAGCGCGGCCUGUGGGAGGAUGCUGGGGGGCGGGGCACGGGGUCAGCGGGGCCGGCGGCCGGGUCCCUGUGGCCACGCAGCAGAGCCGCGGCUCCGUGGGCUGCCCCCACCCGUCGGGCCACACCCACCCCCCCUCCGUGGAAGAAGGAUCUGCAAGCAAGUGGACAACCGGUGCCUCCAGGGUAGGGGCAGAGGUAGAGGUGGGUGAUGGGGACAAACUUCCAGCGCCACCUUCUUAGCACUGGGGGCCCAAGGGUAGCCACGUGCCACUUAUUCAACAGGUAUUUGCUGUGUGGGCCUGGGGCGCUGGGUGCUGCUGCCGCCUCCUCCAGGGAGACUUCCCGGACUCACCCCCAGGCCUCUCCCUCGGCUCCCACACCCCCUGAGCUCCCCCAAAGGCCCUGCUGGUGUCCUGGCUGUGUCCCUGUCAGGCCCACGCGUGCCUCAGUGGGCGACGCAUCAUCUCCGACCCCGGCCCCUAGUGCAGGGCUCGGCAGAGAGAGGACCUCAGUCCACUUGUUAAAUCGAGACUGAACUUCCUGACCGUCGGGGCCAAGCACUAGUCUCUGGAAUGGUGGUUCUCAAAGUGUGGCCCAGGAACCCCCGGGGGAUCCUGCAAUCCCUUCAGAGGUCAGACCGUCUUCGUAAUAACACUACGACCUAUCUGCCUCUGCACUCCUCUCGCGCCCCACGCAGCUGAGUUUUCUGGAGGCCGCGUGACAUCACAACCGAUUAAAAUCACAAGCAGAUAUAAGCAUCCAGUUGUCUGUAGUUCAGUCAGCCAAUAAAGAACGUUGCAAAAAUGCAGAACAAGGCCAUUCUUCCUACUACUUUUUCUUUUUUUGGGGGGAAAAUGCACCUUUUAUAAAAAUAUAUUUAUGUUAACAAGGAAAGGAAGUGGAUUUGUUACUGCUGUUUAUAAAUGAAUAAAUGUUU